UUCAUGCGCGCCACCUCCAGGCGAGCGGCGUCGCUGCUUAGCGCCGGGUGAGAUCUGCCGUGUCCAAUGACUGACCUCGCAGCUAAUACGCCGUUGGCGGAAUCGCGAUGGUCGUCGCGGCAGGCCUGCAGCUCGUCGCUGCUGACGCAAAGCAGGUCACUGGGGGCACUGUUCUUCAAAGUCCAUGCUGGGAAUUUCGCCUCAACUCCAUCGAUGAUCUCCUCUAGCGGCCUAAUUCCAACGUCUUCUCUUUACCUGUGGUGGAUUUUCGUCCUGAAUCCGGUUUUUGGAAUUUAGGUAAAAAUAUUCUAGGUUUUCGUAGCAAUCUAUAACUUGGAUUUAUCGUCUGGGCUUCUAGGUUGAACCACUUAUGUCAGAAAUGUUUAAAUAAGAUACUAAAGAGUUCAGUACUCUACUACAAGGAUGAAAAAUGAGAACAACAAAGUCCUAAUUUCGACAGCAUUUAUCUCGUUACCAAUUAAAGAAGCAACAACUAGUUCAAACCAUUGCCUUUUUCAUCACCUUAUUUUCAUGUUAUACAUGUUUGUUUUAAUGCUGAUUGAUUCCAUAUCUAGUACUUUGGCAUCCCAUUUAUGGAAUCCUGUGGCUACACGGCUUAGAUAUCUAAUAGAGAUGGAAGAAAAUAUCGGAAAGUUGGACAACACUGUCAAAGACCUAGAAGUUAGGAAAAAUGAAAUCCAAAUCCGGCUUAAGAACUCUGAAGGGAAGCAAGAAACAUGUAAUCCUGAAGUUACAGAAUGGCUAGAGAAGGUAGCAGCGAUGGAAAUCGAAGUGCAUGAUAUAAAAAAUGUGCAGAAGAAGAGAAAGCAAUCUUUCAAUUAUUGGUCAAAAUACGAAAUUGGGAUGCAGGCUGCGAAGAAAUUGAAGGAAGCUGAAAUGCUACAUGAAAAAGGUGCAUUCAAACAGGUAUCGUAUGAGAUACCAUCAUAUUUCAUGCAAGAAGUGCCCACUGUACCUUCAACUAAAGGAACAGAUUGUAAUUUAAGAGAAGUUCUCCAGUACCUCAAAGACGAGAAAGUUGGAAUUAUAGGGAUAUGGGGAAUGGGGGGAAUUGGUAAGACCACCUUGCUCAGAAAAAUCAACAAUCACUUCUUAGGUGUAAUAAAAGAAAACUAUGAAUUUGACCUUGUUAUUUAUGUUGUGGCAUCAACAGCCAGUGGAAUAGAGCAGCUUCAAGCAGAUAUUGCUGAAAGGAUUGGGCUGUUCCUGAAACCAGGUUCUAGCUUUGAAAUACGAGCUUCAUUUUUGUUAAGUUUCUUAAGGGGAAAGAAAUUCUUACUUCUGUUAGAUGAUUUAUGGGGUUAUUUGGAUCUAUCUGAAGCUGGUAUUCCAUAUCCCAAUGGCCUAAAUAAGCAGAAAGUAGUUCUGGCAACACGUUCCGAGAGUGUUUGUGGACAUAUGGGAGCUCACAAGACAGUUUUUAUGGAAUGCCUGGACCAAGAAAAGGCUUGGCAAUUGUUCAAAGAAAAAGCCACAGAAGAAGUUAUUAAUUCAGAUGUAAGGAUUGGAAGGCUAGCAAAGGAAGUUGCAAAAGAAUGUGGGGGCUUGCCCCUUGCUCUUGCAACUAUUGGUCGUGCAAUGUCCACCAAGAGGACCUGGCAUGAAUGGACGCUUGCACUGUCAUAUCUGAAGAAGUCCCGCAUUCAUGAGAUCCCAAAUAUGGGAAAUGCUAGCUAUAUAUACACUAGGCUAAAACUAAGCUAUGACUAUUUGCAGGAUAAACAGAUCAAAGAAUGUUUUUUAUGUUGUUCUCUGUGGCCUGAAGACUACUCAAUUUGGAAAGCUGAAUUGAUAGACUGUUGGAUGGGGAUGGGUUUGAUAGAAUAUGAUACUAUAGAGGAAGCGUACAACAAGGGCCACUCUAUUAUUGAGUACUUGAAGAACGCAUGCUUAUUGGAGACUGGUUACUUAGAAGAUAGUGAGGUGAGAGUACAUGACAUUAUCCGAGAUAUGGCACUGUGGAUAUCUUCUGGUUGUAGUGAUCAAAGCAUGAACUGGAUUGUUCAGGCAGGGGUUGGAAUUCAUAACAUUGCUAACAGGGAUAUUAAGAAAUGGAGGUCAGCCAGAAUGAUAUCACUCAUGUGCAAUUAUAUCAGUGAACUUCCUCAGGCCAUCAACUGUCCUAACCUCCAAUAUUUGUCACUGCAGCAGAACUUUCGGUUGAAGGUGAUUCCGCCUUCUCUUUUUGUAAGUUUGUUAUCUGUUACAUACUUGGAUUUGUCUUGGGUUCCCAUCGAAAUACUUCCAGAAGAAAUUGGCACACUAGUUGAACUCCAGUAUCUCAAACUGAAGCAAACACACAUCAAAAUACUGCCUCUGGCAAUUGGCCAGUUAACAAAAUUGAAGUGCCUGCAUUUGAAUUAUAUGGAUUUCUUGGAGAAGAUACCAUAUGGUGUUUUUUCAAAUUUAUCAAUGCUACAAGUGCUGAACUUGUAUGGUAGCAGAUAUGCAGGCUGUGAAGAGGAAUUGCAUUCAAGAAAUCAUAUGGAUCAUGAUGAGUUUAGAAUAGAAGAAUUGUCUUGCUUAAGUAGAGAAUUAAAAGCCCUGGGAAUAACAGUGAAGAAAGUGAGUACCUUGAAGAAGCUUCUUGAUAUUCAUGGAAUUCACAUGAGAUUGCUUGGUCUAUAUAAAUUGAAUGGUGAGGCAUCUCUUACGCUCACUAUACCAGAAAGUGUCCUUGUUCUUAAUAUAAUGGACUGUUCAGAAUUGAAGGAAUUCUCUAUUAUUAACAAGCCACAGCGCUAUCAUGAUCAUCUUGUGAGGCUGGAGUUUCUCACCUUUUGGGAUCUUCCUAGACUUGAGAAGAUAAGUAUGGGGCAUCUUCAGAACCUUCGUUUCCUUAAUGUAGGGAAAGCCAAUCAACUGAUGGACCUAUCUUGCAUUCUAAAACUAGUGUAUCUGGAGCAAUUGGAUGUGUCUUGCUGCAAUAAAAUGAAGCAGCUAGUCCAUAUAAAGAAUAAUAUCAAUAUGGAAGUACGAGAUGAAAUGCCAAUCCAGGGAUUUCAACGACUGAGAAUCUUGCAAUUGAAUUCAUUGCCAAGCUUGGAAAACUUCUGUAACUGUAGGCUUGAAUUUCCUUCUUUGGAAUACUUUGAUGUGUUUGCUUGUCCUAAGCUGAAAAAGCUACCUUUGUGGCAUGAGAUGGUCAAGUUAAAGUGUAUCAGGGGGGAGAAAAUGUGGUGGGACAAUCUUAAGUGGGACAAUCAAAGCAUUUCUUUGUCACUAUUUCCAUUUUUUAAAGCAUCUGAAACUCGUUUAGCAUCCUUCAGACCGGAGCUAGAUACUGAUGUGAUAUCCUCACCCAAAGCUUUCUUCACCAAAAGGCAGCCCCAUUUGCGUUCAUCUGUUCGGUACACAACUUACCUAAAAUCUAUAUUUGAAGAUGAGGAGCUUAUUAGCCCUUAGAAAGUGGGACUGCAGCUACCUGUUCAAUAAUAUUGUCCUAUCAUUCAUUCAUGCUGUCUACAAGAAUUGGAUUACAAAAGGUUUAAGGCUCUAUACUGCUGGGAUGACCGAAAAGAGGACAUCCAACAGACUCAAGGUGGCAAGUAACGACGACACGGUGGAUUUGUUAUUGGUCAUUGUCAGUUCCAAGGGAUCAUGUUAGUUGCUUGGACCUAUCUAUCCAUUGACUGAUUCAGUGUUAUUUUCCAUGAGCUCCAAAAUGAACCGAAAAAACUUGGUGAACAGAAGAGAAGAGAACAGGUGAAGCGAAGCCAACCACCACCUAACCUGGCGAUGGCGCCACCAGCAGCUGGCCAUCCUCCGGUCCUCUUCCGGUCUUGAGCGCUUCACUGCUGAAUUGGUAGGUUUGGAACAGAUGUAUGACGACUGACGAAAGCUAGCGUUGAUCAUGAUUUGACCAUGUACAACUACAGCCAACAAAUCUGCAGCAAGUCAUGUACAAGUACCAUGGGUUGUGAUUGUGUGGGAACGCCAUGUCGCGUGUACUGUAUUAUGAUUGUGAUUCUUGGGAACGACAUGAAGGGGUUGUUUGUAUCGGCAAAGUGUGGCAUGCCACGUAUUUUGUGGUCAACAAUUUGCUGACCAUAAUUGUGACAAGAUGUGGCAAAAAAACUAAGUGUAUGAUAAGAUGUGGUACAUCAUAGUUGUGACAUAAAUCAAAGGCAUGCCACGAGUGUAGUAAA